CUCUCCCUUGCAAUUGCAAUGGCUUCUCCAUCCGAAUCCCAAUCAUCUCUCAUCGCGAAGCUUCAGUCCUCCGAUGCCACCGGCGUCCACGCCCUAGUCUCCGACUACCUUCGUCCCCUCGCAGAUCUCAACCCAACCAAAAAAUCCAACCAGGAUCAAACCCUAGUUCGAUCACUCGCCAAGCGUUUUCUCCCCUUUCUCAACACUUCCUUAUCCAUUCUUCCCAAACGUCUCCCCGAAGUUUCUAAAUCCAACGAUGCCGUCUUGCUCCUCGAAUUGCUACACGUUUACCGCCUCUGCCUCCAUUGCUUGGACACCGUCGCUUCUCAGUUGGCUUCCAAGCCCUUCCCCGUCGAGUUGCAGAGACUUCGUUUGAUGCACUGUCUCGAGGCUUGUGGCCUUCUCCACGAAGCUGAAGCCGAGGGUUUAGGAGUUUUGGAGAAGCUUCGAUCGGCGAAUAGGAAAGGUAAACUUCUCCCUGAAAUUGAUAAGGGCGGUGGAAAUGGUAAAGAAUUAUGCUCUUUGGUGGUUGAGAUCGUUGUGAGCCUGGUGAGGUGUGCAGCCUUGGGCUUAGCUAAAGAGGAUGAACAAUUCAGGAGCGUGCUCAAUUUGGUGGAGGAAGUAAGGCCCUGGCUUAGGAGAUUGGAUUCUAAUUCAUAUGAAAAGUUGCACAAGCUGUUAGUAAUUCAAUUGGGUAAAUGUGCUUUAAAUUUAUUGGGGAGGAAGACAUUUUCUGAUAGAGAUUUGGUGAUCCUGUUUUGUUGUAUGACAUUGACUGAGUAUGUGAAAUCUCCGAUCAAAGAUCAAGUCUACAAGCUUGCCUACAGGAUAUGCUCCAUACUGUUCACACUGCAGGAUAAUAAAUCCUUGUAUAUCAUGGAGAUACUGGAUUGCAUAGUUCGAGAGUGCAAGGUUGAAGAGGGAAAUACAGGAACGGAGUUUGUUGAACUUGUAUAUUACUGUGCGAAGAAAUGUCAGACUGCAAAUGCAAGUUUUUCUAGUACAUUUGCAGCAUAUUUGAAUAAAAUAGCAGAAAGUUUCAAAAAGGUAUUUUUUCUAUCAAGUUCAAUAUUGAGGCUUUAUGCUGUUGGGUUGCACCUUGUUAGUUGUAAUUUGAGUUCCAGAGCUGGAGAUCUGGCAUCCUCUGGCAGAGCAAAAUUUGAGUGUUUGCUUGGAACUUUACUGGAAAAUGAGGAAAUACUACAGAGUUCACCACCUUUGCUUGGUUCCUUGCAUGUUUGCAGCAAAAGUAAUUGUAUGUCAUCCAGUGUUGAAGUCCAAUCUUUUGAUGGUCACCCAUGCACUCAAUCAGGUUCUGAUUGUUCUGAUUGUGAGACUUCUAUGACUUACCUGUCAGUUUACAUAGAGGCAUUGAAAUUUCUAUGCCAACCGCUUGCUAAAUCAAUUAAUUCAGAAAGGAAACAGCUAGUUACGGAAGAGGGCGAUGCUUCUACUUUGACUAUGCUGUCCACUAUUCAAGAUGCAUUCCAUAUCCUUUGUCAUCUUAUUCUUUCUAGUAUAAGUUGUACACCUAAAAAUAAUGGAGAUGAAUUUGAUGAAAAGAGUAGAAUAGUGCUCAAUGUAGCUUUAGCAGCCUUCACCCUUUCCAUUAGAUCCAAUCUUAAACUCCAGGAGAGCAAACAAUUAAUUAAGCAGAUGAUUGCUAGCAAAUGGAUUGAAACAGAAGGAUUAAAAUACAUAAUUGCUUGUCUCUACAAUAUUGCUGUAGUGCUGUACAAAAACAAGCAACUGGAAAAGGCUUCAAAGGUUCUCAACUUAUGUUGUAAAGCUUCAUGGCUCUGUAUUAAAUAUCAUUGUAGUAAUCUAUCAGAAGGUGCUUUGAAAGAGUCUGUAAAGGAAGCUUGUGCGACAAGUGCUUUCCUUUUAGAUAUUCUCUAUGACAUCAACAAUCUUAAGACUAGCAAAAAAAUUAUUGAGAUCCUAAAAAACUGGUCCACUGCUAAUGAACUGUUUAAGAGGCUUCCAGCUCCAAUACAUGUAGUCAAGCAGUGGGUGAAGAUAGAAUGUAAACGUGCUAUACAGCAAGAUGAGAGAGUUGAUUCUCUUACCUUGUACUCCCUGCUGUCAUCUUCGACAGAAUUGUCAAAGAGGAAUAUUGGCACAAUCUUGGAGCAGGAACUUACUGCAUAUGAGGAAAUGAGUCUUAAAUAUCCAGAAUUAUGUCAGAAAAUGCAAAUGAAAAUCACGGGUAUUCUUCUGCAAGAUAUAUAUAUCACUUCAGAUACUCGUUUUCAAAAGGCACAGACUCUAGUGAGAAAGGGAAAGGCGAUAAGGUUUUGUGGCAUAGGUGGUCUCACGGACAGCAUUCAGUGUCUGUCAGAAGCAAUAACUAUUAUGAAGGAGAUUUCUGGCAAGAUGUGCACUGAUAAUAAUCCCAUUGAUCAUCAUUUGUGUGUGACAUAUUGCUUGCGUGCACUAUGUACACAGGAAGCUGAACCUAAUUCAAAGGUAUUUAAACUAUGUUGAUAAUUUUCAUUAUGUCAUUCAAUAAUUUCUAAUUUUCUUGGUUUUCCUUAUGGAUAUGUCAAGGGAUCAAGCAGCUUUCAGCAAAUCUUUGAAGAUGUCAAGGCCGCCUUGGAUCUAUGGUUGAGCAUUUCUUGUCUUAAUUGUUUCGAAGAGGGAGAUUGUGCUGCAUUGUCCAACAGUAUAAUGAUUCUACUCUAUAACAUAGUUGAUUUAAUACAAUUAAAGGGUUUCAUAGAACUCUUCAAUGAUGCAUAUCAACUGCUGAUUAAAAUGUUUAAAUGGAAGAAUGUCCCAAUUGAGAAGUGGUUGACCUUAAUGUGGGAAAGUAGAAGGCUCUGUCAUGCCCUUUGUGUUUCACCUGUAAAUGAGGCGUUCCUGAAUUCAUUGGAUGAGUUUAGUGAACUUUCAAAUAUUGAUUUUUGGAUACGUUAUCUUCAGGGAAACAAAUCAUCACUGAUAGGGUUUCAGCAGAAUUUCUCUUUCUUAUUUGCUAGCUGUCAUGUGAAUCCUUGCAGACACACAAGUACUUUUCAAACAGACAUCACAGUUGAUGAAGUUCAAAAGGAAGCACUUGAACUGAUAUCAAACGUUCCUGUCCCAAGUCAUUCUACUUUUCUUGCUGGAUAUCUUUAUUAUGAUCUAUGCCCAAGGCUCAUUGCAAAUGGACAGUUAAUAGAGGCUCUUUCAUGUGCAAAAGAAGCUCAUAGAUUACAUUCCAAACUCUUCCAAAGGAAAUUUACACACAAUGUUCAACAGCAGAAUGAAGAGGACAGUGUAAUAGUUGAUUUCUCAAAGAAUCUUAUGGAUGGUGUUGAGAAAAUUAGAGUGAACUUAUCAGUUGUCAGGGAAGUUUUCCUAUUUGAUUGUAUAUCCUGGGACAUGAAAGACAGUUAUCUUAGUGCGUGGAAAGUUAUGCAAUGUUAUCUUGAGAGCACUCUGCAGGUAGGAAUCAUCCAUGAAAUGAUAGGAGAUGGUGCUGAGGCUGAAGCCUAUCUCCGUUGGGGGAAAGCCAUAUCCUGUUCACUAAAGUUGCCUCUGUUUACAAUAGCUUUCUCUUCCUCUUUAGGAAAACUGUAUGUUAAGAAAAGACUUUGGGAUUUAGCAGAGAAGGAACUUCGAAGUGCUGAACAGAUUUUAAAGGAUAGUUGCGCAACAAUCUGUUGCUCAAAGUGUAAAGUGAAGCAUGAAGUUACCCUGAGUGAGUAUCUUGGAGAUUUGUGUCAAAGUAAAUUUGACACUUGUGAUAGGGUUAUUUCUGAAGAGACUGCAAAAGAUUGGUACACAUUAGCUUUUGAUAAACUAAACCUUUGUGAGUGGAAAAACCCUCUUAGCUGUCCAGAAGAUGGCAGUGAUGGAACCGCAGCAGAUGUAAAGUGUCCUGCUGGCAAGACUUGUGCUUGCUUUAUAAUGAAUGAUGCAGGUGAAAAUGUGAAGAAAUCCAUAAAAGCAGGGCCAGAAACUGAGAUUGGAGCAAAACAAAAUAGAAAGACUAAAAGUACGGCAAAUGCUUUGCCAAAGGAGCCAAACUUAGUUGAGAAAAAAUCAAGGUUAACUCGUUCUAGAUAUCGAUCUUCACUGAAUCAAGAUACAAGCAUUUCCAGUAAGUUAGAAGUCGGUGACAGACUGGAGGUGAAUCAUGUUGCUGAUGCAUCUGAUAUGCUUAGUCAGAAUUUUAGAUUAAUGAGGUGUUGGUACUGUCUUCCUUCUGAAGUUCUGAAAUCUGGAUUACUAAAUGAUUUUAUCAAUCUUAAAUGGGAGUUUGUCCGGAGGCAACUUUCAAUGAAGCUACUCAGUCGAAUAGUGAAAAGCAUUACAUAUCUUGGUCAAAUUGAUGAAAUACGGAAAAUUCUUCUACAAAGCAUAUCAGUUCUGGUCAGCAGAAACCCAUUCCACCCCACAUUUUCAUCUAUUCCUCUAGAUUAUUUUCAUCAUUCGGUUGCAAGGGAGAUCCCAGGAGAUGUAUUUACUAUUGAACGUGCAGAAAUAAUUCAUGACAUAUGCCGGUAUUCCUUAAAGAACUAUCAUUCCGAGUUUGCGAGGAAUAUUUUCUGUAAACUAUCUUCCGUCAAGUUUGAAGACCUGGCUUCUUGGCUGAUGGUGGCCUUUGUACUCUCUCGUGAGGUUCCUGUUAUUUUUCAAAAGGUGUCUAAAUUACUUGCUGUGACGUAUGUAGUUUCUGCCUCGAAGGAGCAAUUUUCUCUGUCACCUUUUAGCAAAGCUUUGGGUGAAAAUUAUUGGUCUUCAUAUUUCCACCAAGCUUCAAUUGGAACUCAUCUUACUUACCAGUUUCUUUCACAUCUAACUGGGAGAUACAAGGUACAAGCUGUUGUUGUAGUUCUAUUUCAGGGUUCAUAUAUUACUGGAUCUUCUUGCAUCAGAGAAUGCACAUUCGACUUACUCAGGCUCGUGCCUGAUACCACUGUAGAUCUUGCAGAGUAUGUGAAAAAGUUUUUGGCUGGUCUUCCAUCUACAACAAUAAUCAGUAUCAGUUUACUUGGACGUGAUUAUACUAGUUUACUACAGGAAUUGUUGCCUUAUCCUACAUGUGUUCAAGCAUGGAUGCUGGUGUCCAGACUGAGUCUUAAGAACGAACCUGUUGUAAUGUUACUGCCACUGGAUUCUAUCUUACAAGCUUCGGAUGAGGGUGAUCUGAGUACUGGUUCAGGCACUCUUCCUCAGUGUGAGGAACGUAGUAAAAACUGGCAUUGCCCAUGGGGUUAUGCAGUAGUUGAUGAUGUGGCUCCAGCAUUCAAAGCAAUUUUAGAAGAGAAUUACUUGUCAACAGUAUCUCCUUUUGAAGAUACAACACAGAAUAGGAUGUUAUGGUGGAAGCGGAGAAAGAACCUUGAUCAUCAUCUUGAUACAUUGCUUAGGAACCUUGAAGAGUCAUGGUUUGGUUCAUGGAAAUGCUUGCUUCUUGGAGAAUGGUUGAACUGCAAAAAUUUUGACUUGGUGCUUAAGAAUCUUGUGAAUGAUCUAAGAUCUAAAUGUAAAUUGGAUGUAAAUGAGGGUCUUCUUAAAAUUAUUCUUGGGGGCUCCAAAUAUGUUUGUGACGAGAAAACGAUGGUUUCACAACUAUGCUCAAAGAAAGACUGCUACAUUGCUAAAGUAGGAUAUUGUGACGAAGCAAGGGGUGGGAUAUUGUUGAAUGCUGCCAAUGGAUUUGGAGUAUCAUCUGAGGUUGCUUUUGAUAUGUUAAAUGAGGCAUUAAAUAUGCUGGAAGUGGAUGACUCUAUGACUAGAGAGCCUAUAAUUCUUGUUUUGGAUUAUGAGGUGCAAAUGCUUCCUUGGGAAAACCUGCCCAUUUUAAGGAACCAGGAGGUUUAUAGGAUGCCUUCAGUGAGCUGCAUUUCUGCUGUUCUUCAUAAAGGUAGCCACCGUAAGGAGCAAGAGGGAAGGAAUUUGGCGCUCUUUCCUUUGAUAGAUCCACUGGAUGCUUUUUAUUUAUUAAAUCCAGAUGGUGAUCUUGAUGGAACUCAGAUUGAAUUUGAGAAUUAUUUUAGAGAUCAAAACCUGGAGGGAAAGGCUGGUUCUAGACCCACCGUCAAAGAAUUGGCUUCGGCAUUGGAAAGUCAUGACCUUUUUAUAUAUUUCGGGCAUGGAAGUGGAGCACAGUACAUUCCCAGGCAUGAGAUUCAGAAGCUAGACAAAUGUGCUGCUACGCUUCUGAUGGGAUGCAGUAGUGGUUCAUUGACCUUGCAUGGCCAAUAUGCGCCGCAAGGGGUUCCCCUGUCAUAUCUGCUGGCUGGUUCUCCAGCCAUCGUUGCCAAUCUGUGGGAAGUGACAGACAAGGAUAUAGAUCGAUUUGGUAAAUCUAUGCUUGAUGCCUGGUUGAAAGAAAGAUCAAAUAUCCCAACCAAGUGCUUGCAAUGCAACUUAUUGGCCGAAGAAUUUGAGGUCAUGAACUUGAAGGGGUGCAGGGGUAGAGCAAAGAGGAAGGCUCCCCGGAAGAAAUUACUAGAGUUGGCUGAGAGUGAUCCACCUAAGAACUGUGGUCACAGACGUAAAAUUGGAGCUUUCAUGGGUCAGGCGCGUGAGGUUUGCACUCUUCCUUUCUUGACAGGGGCGUCUCCCGUAUGUUAUGGUGUUCCCACUGGUAUUUGGAAGAAAAGCAAUAUUUAG